UAAACCGGGAAAAUGACUAAACUUCGCUACAUAAAUAAGCAAUUAAUCGGUUGUUAGUUCUCUGGUGCGAAAUUCUGGGUAUGUCUCUUGUUUCUUCUCUAUACAUGUAGAUUUCUCAAUGUAUUGUGAUUUCCUUCGGAUUAGCGUCUUGAUCCCUAGAUUAAUUGCUUCAUGAUCAUUUUUGAAAUUCGAUGCGCUUCAUAUUGAUGGAUUAAGAGUGUUCAAAGGUAAUUUUUUGCUGCCAAUAUGUGUUUGUGUGAUCCAUUGGUUAGGGAUCCGUAAAACCCUAGACCUAUCUCUCGCAUUUCUCUAUCUGAUGUAUAAUAAUUCAGGAAUUUCGUAGAUUGAUUAGAGGCGUUUAUGUGUAUAUAUAAUGUUAUCAGCUCGGAUUUUGCUGCAAUGGAUGAUUUGAUCUUGAGAUCGCGAGAAGCUAUCUAGGGCUUGUUUCUAAUCCUCCAUUACAGAUGGAGGACACUGAUGAAGAUUUCUUUGAUAAAUUGGUCGAUGAUGUUGAUGAUCAUUUUAAGGCCACUUCAUCAUCUUCAACCGUGAAUGAUUCUAAUAAGGCUAAAGCUAAUUCAAGCAUCAAUAAUGGCAGAAAUGCACUCAAAGAAUCAGAGAAAGUAGUUAUAGAAGAUGAUAAAGCUUCUUCCACGAUUAGUUCAGGUCUCAUAGAUGAAUUAGCCAGCAAUCGAGUGGAUCCUGGUCAGUCAUUAGUGUCAUCUUCUUCCUUUGCAUUUAAUUCUGUAAAUGAAGAACCAAAUAAUGCAAUUCGAAUGGAGGAACGAUUUGAUUCAACAGAGGUGCAGUGGAGUGCUUUCACUACUGAUCCUCUACACAACACUAGUAAUUCAUUUGGAUCAUACUCUGACUUCUUCACAGAAUUUGGAGAUAAUUCCGUUCACCAGUCAAAAGGAGGCAACUUGAUUCACAAUGAAGUGAAUUCAAGUAAUGAUUAUUCACAUCAAUAUCAAGAAGGGCAGUUGUAUACAACAUCCGGGGGACAAACUACAGAUAAUCAAGAUCUUAACACGAGUGAAUAUUGGGAGAAUCUUUAUCCAGGAUGGAAGUAUGACACCAAUUCUGGACAAUGGUAUCAAGUUGAUCAAAGCUAUGAUCCAACAACAAACACACAAGCGGUUGAUACUUUGAGUUCUGCUUCUGAUUACCAAGCUUCCCAAUCUUUGGUAGCAGAUAAAGGGAUGAAUGAAAGUGUAACAAGUUGGAGUCCAGUUUCACAAACUAGUCAAACUAAUGAGAGUCAAUCACAAGGAAACAACGGGUACCCUUCACAUAUGUAUUUUGAUCCUCAAUAUCCAGGUUGGUAUUAUGACAUGAAUCUUCAAGAAUGGCGUUGUUUGGAUUCAUAUAAUUCUCAAGCAACCACCAACACUGUAAACCAAGGUGAUCAUAUUUCAUCAAGUAAUAGUUAUUAUGGAAAUGAACAACAAGGUUCAACUGGAUACCAACAUGUACAAAAUCAGUAUAGCUCUAAUUUUCCUGUAGAUAAUAACAAUGUCAAUCAUCAACAACAACAACAACAACAACAACAACAACAACAACAGUGUUAUGAUUAUGGGAACUUCAAUCAAUCAACAACAAUGGAGCAAAGUGAGAUGAUGAAUGCUGGCAAGGGGUAUGGAAGUCAAAACCAAUUGACCUACUCACAUCAUGGAUCUUAUGGCUCUAAUAGGUCAUCUGCAGGUCAACCUCCUCAUGCCUUGGUUACUUUUGGUUUUGGUGGGAAGUUGAUUGUGAUGAAGGAUACAAGUGGUGGGCCAAUUUCUGUUCUUAACAUGGCUGAAAUUGUGACCGGAGGUGGUGACAUGGCAACCGGUGGGACCCGCAUAUGUGGUUACUUUCACACUCUUUGCCGCCAAUCAUUCCCUGGUCCACUUGCUGGUGGAAAUGUUGGUGGUAAAGAGCUGAAUAGAUGGAUUGAUGAGAGAAUCACACAGUCACACCCUCUUGCUGACAUGGAUUAUAAAAAAGAUCAAGUUUUAAAGCUUCUACUUUCUUUACUCAAAAUAGCUUCACAACAUUACGGGAAAUUACGUUCUCCUUUUGGCACCGACACUACAUCAAAGGAAAACGACGCCCCGGAUGUAGCGGUUGCUAGACUAUUUGCAUCUGCAAAGAAAGACACUUCUCAAUAUGGCGAUUAUGGUGCUUUCGCUAACUGCUUGCAACAGUUGCCACCAGAAGGACAAAUUCGGGCAACUGCUGCUGAAGUCCAAACUCUUCUGGUUUAUGGUAGAAAGAUAGAGGCUCUUCAACGUGCACAAGAGGGUCAAUUAUGGGGGAUUGCCUUAGUUCUUGCAGCACAACUUGGUGAUCAGUUCUAUGUGGAUUGUGUAAGGAAGAUGGGUGUUCAUCAGCUAGUAGCAGGGUCACCUUUAAGGACAUUAUGUCUACUUAUUGCUGGUCAACCUGCAGAUGUAUUUUCAACUGACUCUACAACAGAUAGUGCCACUGUUGCUGCUGUAAAUAUGUCACAGUCUCAACUUGGUGCUAAUGCUAUGAUUGAUGAUUGGGAAGAAAAUUUGGCUAUGAUUACUGCUAACAGGACCAAAGAUGAUGAAUUGGUGCUUAUUCAUCUUGGAGAUUGUUUAUGGAAGGAAACAAGUAAUAUUAUUGCUGCACACAUUUGCUACUUAGUUGCUGAAGCAAACUUUGAGGCGUAUUCAGACAGUGCUAGACUGUGUCUCAUUGGUGCGGAUCACUGGAAGCAUCCAAGAACAUAUGCCUGUCCAGAAGCCAUUCAGAGGACAGAGGUGUAUGAAUAUUCAAAGCUUUUGGGGAACUCUCAGUUUACCUUGAUACCAUUUCAACCAUAUAAGCUUAUAUAUGCCAAUAUGUUGGCUGAAGUAGGAAGAGUAUCUGACUCAUUAAAGUAUUGUCAAGUGAUAUCAAAAUCUUUAAAAACUGGGCGAGCCCCAGAAGCAGAAACAUGGAGACAUAUGGUUUCAUCCUUAGAAGAUCGCAUAAAAACCCACCAACAGGGUGGGUUCUCUACAAACUUGGCUCCGGGUAAAUUAGUUGGAAAACUGCUCAACCUUUUUGACAGCACAGCACACCGUGUAGUGGGAGGACUCCCGCCACCUGUCCCAUCAACAUCGGGCCCCACUGCACAAAAUGAGCACCAUACUCAUCCACAUCAUCAUAAUCAUAAUCAUCAACCUCGGGUGUCUGCCAGUCAGUCCACCAUGGCCAUGUCAUCAUUAGUUCCAUCUGCAUCCAUGGAAUCUGAAGAAGGAAACAACAGAAGAAUCAUGCAUAAUAGAAGUGUUUCUGAGCCUGACUUUGGUCGCUCUCCCCGCCAGGAUCAGGUUGAUUCAUCAAAAGAAAACCCUACGGAUUCACAAACUAAUUCAUCAUUUACUUCAAGAUUUGGUCGAUUUGGAUUUGGGUCACAACUUUUCCAAAAGACUUUCAGUUUAGUUCUAAAACCUCGUCAAGACAAACAGGCGAAAUUAGGCGAGACAAACAAGUUUUAUUACGAUGACAAACUAAAAAGAUGGGUGGAGGAAGGUGUUGAUCCGCCAGCAGAAGAAGCGGCACUUGCACCACCACCAACCACGGCGGCAUUCCAAAACGGAACACCCAAAACCACCGCCAAGAAUGAAGGGUCUCUCAGCAAUGGCGGCUUGGAAUUUUCCACCGGAACCACCACCGUGGGACACAGCUCCGGCAUCCCGCCGAUCCCCGCCUCCUCAGGUCAAUUUUCUGCACGUGGAAGAAUGGGUGUACGUGCAAGAUACGUGGACACAUUCAACCAAGGUGGUGGAAACCCAACAAAGUCGUUCCAAUCACCACCCACUACUUCUUUAAAACCCGUCACGAAAUCAAACCCUAAAUUCUUCGUUCCAGUACCUUCAUCCCAACAAUCCAACUCAUUUCAUGGUAAUAACACGCAACAAAAAACCACAAGUGUUGAUGAAAUUAACGAUUCGCCUCCAUUCCAAACACCAACUUAUCAAUCAAUGCAAAGAUUUGGAAGCAUGGAUGAUUUGGGAAAAGGGGGAAUGGGAAUGCCUGUGUUUCCUAGUAACACGUGUUCACGAAGAACGGUUUCAUGGGGAGGAAGUAUGGAUCAACGGUUUUGUAAUCAGAGGAAUCGGGGGAAUAAUGGUGAUGGGUUUAUGAGUGAGGAUCUUCAUGAGGUUCAACUCUAGAACAAAAUUGAAUUCAUUCUUUUUUGAUAAUCAAUUGUAUAGAGAUAGAUUCUUGUUGCUUAAUGCUUAUUAUAAAUGUAUAGUUUACGUGUGGGUCCAAAGAUUUUGUAUUGAAUGUUCAAAUAAUGUGAUAGAAUUUAAACACUAGAAACAUAUUUUAUAGUAA